GGGGAUAACAGGUGAUUGGGAAGGUAAAACGUGGACAACGAGAAACAGGUGCAAGAUGGCGGAUUUCUAUAUAAAAGUUCUUGUUCUUUUCUGUACUGAUAUUUUUGGUGAGUUUUUGAUAUUUGAAAAUUUCAGAAAUUGCAUUCAGUUGUACGUUAUAAAGUGUUAUUUUCUGCUUGCGUUUUUAGUUGUACAAGUGAACAGCCGUGUUGUUGAUUUGGACGAAUCGUAAGUUGAAAGAACGAAAAUUUAUUUGUGUUUGAACUUUGAAGUACUAUUGUGUUGUCAUGUAUUAAUAAAUGGUUCAAAAUAAUAUAGUGUUCUGAAAGUGCUAACAUGCAAAAUCUCCAAGAAUUUUUAUCAAAGUAUUCCAAGUGAGGCCAAGUCUGGAAGUGCCUAGCCUGCCUGCUCAAAUAAUCUUAUUACAAUCUCACACACUGCUGAGGGAUGCUGCAGACCCAAGCCUGACUGUAAUAAACAAAAGUAUCUCAUAUUUACAAUAAAUAGGUCAGGCUAGCACAAGGCAAAUAAAAAGUGACUCUGACGACCUGAACCCCACCUGUGACCCAGUCUCCCAGCAGUGUGAGAAAAAAAUUUCUACCUCUGUUGUUACUCAGCCAGCAGAAAAUAAUAGCACUAUUAUGCAUGUUUCCAUAAAUUUGUCUUAUCCAGUGUCAGAUGCAACUUCUUCCUUGCUAUUUCCUUUUUCUUCCAUUGCAUCCAGUUUUCCAUUUAUACCAACUGAACAGACAUUCGUCACAUUCCAGUUUUGUGAAUUGCAAAUUCCCAAUGUUUUCCAUUGUUUAGUUUUAAUGAAUUGAAAAAGGACGGUCAUUAUUGGUUUGUCGAGGUACACAUGUAGACAUUGAUAUUUUAAUAGCAGACUCCUCCCCUUGAACUUUUAAACACACACCCUUCCUGGAAUUAAUAGACUGCGGUUUACAUAGCAUGUUAAUUAAGUCUUAAAUUUUAAUUCACCAUUUUAAGUUCCAUUUUACCUGAGUUUAACAUUUGUGUGUGUGUGGGGGGUGGGGGUUACCCCCCAUGGUUGAUAUGUCCCUGGGGUGACCAUAAGGUGGGGUUCCACUGUAUCAUGGUGCAAGUAAUUUAGCAAAACAAUAAUGUUAUACUUCUUAGUUUUAUGCCCCAUGGUGUGGCCAUUGUAAGAGAUUGGAACCUGUAUGGGAAGAAGUUGGUGCUGAAUUAUCAAAACAAAGUACAACUAUUGUGACUGCAAGGAUAGAUUGCCAAAAACAUCGAAGUAAGUUCCAUUAUGUAUGUGUUACACUGGUCAUAUUGGGCAAGAAGGCAAUGUGUUGCAACCAAGAGCUUUCUAUAUCCAAAGUCAUGCUGUUAUUUCACAUCAUUAUAAAGACAUGCUGAAUGCAUGGAUGUUUGAAUGCUUGGUAUUUUCUGGGGAUAAUUUCCUUGCCACAAUGGAAAAUGACUUUACAACAUGCAUGCUGUAAUAUAUAAUUUUCAAAUUCCUCAGGUAUAGCUGAAGACUAUGAGAUCCGUGGAUUUCCUACAUUAAAAUUGUAAGUUUAAUCCAUCAAGUUAUUUCAUUAAAUUUUUCUGAACUAUUCCUGUAGGAAUUCUUUUAGGAAAUGCUAUAGUUCCUACCGGUACAGAAUUCCUAUACAACUUCGUAUUGUAAAUUCUAUUUGAUCUACAGAAAUACCCUAUACAAAUUUUUUGUAAGGGAGUAGACACUCAUUUUGACCUGAUUUUCUCUCUGCAGUUUCCGAGGCAAUGUGACUGCCAGAUACAGCGGUUCUCUAUCAAAGGAUGCUCUUGUUGAGUUUGCUCUGAAGGCUUCAAGGUUAGACACCUUUGUUUAUUUAUAGCAUAAUUAGCAUUUAAGUUUAAUAAAGAAAACUCCUAAUCAGUUUAUUUAUUUCAGGCCUAUUUUGACAGAAUUUAAAACAAGUAAAGAGCUUGAGAAGAGGAAGUCAAGUUCAGAUGUUUUCUUUCUCUUUGUCAAAGAUGACAGUCCGCAGUCUGAAGAGUACAAGGUAUAGCAUAGUCUUGUGAAUCUGAUUUGAAUCACAUACAAUUGCAGGCUUGCCAGGUACAGCCGAGUUGUUGCACAGAUAGGCAUACAGGGGAGCUGUGGACUGUCCUCUCAUUCCGUGUUUUGUUGGACAGAUUCUACUUACAAAUCAGGCAAAUUAUUAGGCCUGUGUUUCCUCAGGAGAUGUGUUCCAUCUAUUUAUCUUCUAUGUUCAUCUAUCAAUAAACCCAUGAUAAUGUUAGGCAACUUCCAUCAAUAUCAACUGUCCACCUCUCGGAUUUUUGUCGACCUUGCCCUCUAAAUUUUUUCUGCCCCGCCCCCUAAAUUUUUCUGCCCCACCCUCUAAAUUUUUUCACCCCGCCCUCUAAAUUUUUUCUGCCCCACCCUCUAAAUUUUUUCUGCCCCUCUAUCUUUUCCAGCCACAAAUUUUUGUCCACCCCGUUCAUUUUGUUCCACCUGUAAGCCUAACAGUUGCACAUUUUGUUGAUUAAGUUAUAUCUAUAUUUUCACUAAAUGUGUUCAAGAAAUGCUUUGACCAUGGUUUGACCAUUGUAUAUCUACUUCCUGUCACAGAAAAUUGUUCAAGAUAUCGCAGAGCAAAAGAUUGCCCAAGUUAUGUUUUAUACUAUUUCAAGUUCAUUGUUACCAGAGGUAAUGGUAUAUUGUGCUGCAGAGCUAGUUGCAUUUCCUAAAGGCUAGUUUACACCAUUAAAGUUUCUGUGAUCACAGUACAAAUUUUGCUUUGGUAAAUUUGUAAGUUUCGAAGGAUUUGAAAUUCUGGUAAAAAUCUUAUUUAAAAAGUUAUCAUUCUGUAUUAUUCAGGACAUGAAGUUGGACGAAGUUCCAAAUUUAUUGGUCUUCAAGAAUGCUCAGUACUAUAGUUUUGAAGGUGUGUUAAAUGACUUAAAUCCUCAUUUUUGCAAUACACGUUUCUACAUGAGCAGUAAUACAUGUUGUAUCUUCUUGUAAGCAUUCUGAUGAAUGUCAUAUGUGAAGGAUAGUAAAGUUCAUUGUUGCAAGGUGCAGCAUAUGAAAACUGUCAAUAAAGAUGUCAAUAAAUAGAGAAUAAUACAUGGGUGCGCGGAAAUACCAGGUUUAUUUCGAGUGUUGAACAUGAUAUCUCACGAGUGAGCGCAGCGAACGAGUGAGAUAUCAUGUUUAACACGAGAAAUAAAUCAACCUCGUUCCCAGGCUCUUUGCUCUUGUGAGCAAAGAGCCUGGGAACGAGGUUGGAAAUAAAUCUGGUAUUUCCAAGCACCUAUGUAUUUUUCUGUUUAUUAUAUAAACACGUAUUUUUUACAUGUAUUUAAAUACGAUUUUUCUCAGUGGCCAAAAACUCUAUAUAACACUUAUGUUUAUUUAAUAAAAAAACUUUAUUCAAACAUAAAAUACACAAUAAAAUUGUGUGUCUUUCAUUGUAGAUAAAGGCGAGGCUGUUAACAAAACCAAUUUAUCUUUAUGGGUUGACCAAUAGAAAAAUUGUGUGUCUUUCAUUGUAGAUAAAGGCGAGGCUGUUAACAAAACCAAUUUAUCUUUAUGGGUUGACCAAGAGAAGUUUCUUCCAUUUAUGUUUAUCACUGAUUCUAAUAUUAACGAGUUAGCUGAGACAGGUAAGAGGAACAAACAGAUUAUUUGCAAAUUAAGCUGAUCUCAUCAGCUAAAAUGUUCUGACUGUAUCCUGUGGUUCAUCUGAAAGCCAUACGAACAAGUUCUGUGAUUGUUUGAUUAUAACAAUGAAACACACUAAAACUAAAGAAUAAAAGGCAAAAAAAUGUUUAAUUUUUGUAGGGAAGAUGAUUGUAUUUCUGACGUUUUCUAAGAACAAAGAACACAGUCAAAUUACCAAAAGGUGGGUUAUAAUUAGCACUUUGUUGUGCACAUCGACGAGAAUGGGUGAUUCCUGCUAUAGAUUAAAUUUUGAUCAAGGCAAGAAGAACGAAAUCCAACGCCACAGCUAGAAAGAGCGUCUUAGAAUGAGUAAAACUGCAAAGUUUGGUUGCUAAAUGUUGUAAAAUGAAGAAAAUAUAGCCCUGUGAAGUUCGCAAAUUUUGUAUAUAUUUGUAUUACGCGCGAUAAAACUUUCGGCUCAAAAUUUGCGAACUUUACAGGGCUAUAUUUUCCUCAUUUUACAACAAUUCUCAAACAAACUUUGCAAUUUUACUCAUUUUAAGAUGCUCUUUCCAGCUAUGGCAAUGGAUUUGGUUAUUCUUGUUUAGAUCAAAAUUUCGUCUGCAGCUGACUAACUGUUAUUUUAUUUGCUAGGAUGGGCGAAGUAGGAAAGAAAGUAGCAACUGAAAUGCAUUCCACUUAUGGAAAGUAUGUAGCCUAUAUCUUCUAUAUUUGAAAUAAUUUUACCAUUAAACAAAACUUCCACAUAGUCCAGCUCAGUUUCGUAUGUUUCUUUUAGGCACUUCCAGUUUGCUGGUAUAUUUGAUAUUGAUGUUAUGGAAUCGAUAAUGAUGACGUACGUAGAUGUUUAAUUUUUGUCAACUUGUAUACUGGAGGGCCAUUGGAAUUCUUUGUGUUUUGCUGCUUGAAGUCUACCACAAUGUGCAGCAUUUCAAAUUCUCUGAAACGUACUUUAUGUGCAUUUUGUUCACAAAGGAAAUUUUUAUUUGAGGAUUUUGCUGCCAGGAAGGAAAAUAUUUUUUAGACCUGUUGUGAAAAUUCUUUUCUGUGAAAUAACGUAAAGAUAUUUUAAUUUAUAGCACUGUUGAAGUUCCAUUCGUUCUGGUCCUUAACCCUGCAACUCGCAUUUUCUACAUUUUGCCAACAUCUGAACUAUCUGAAAGUUUUAAUCAAGAACAACUUGAAGCAUUUCUCCAGGAUGUUUUGAAUGGAAAAGCUGUGGUAAGGCUGAAGAACAAUUAUUUCCCCCUUUACUUAGGAGUUGAGUUAUCUCUUCUACUCGUGUAACUCGAUCUCUUACAUCAUCCUCCGUACAUCCAAAUCUGUUUCAUGAUCAUCUUCCACCACUCCAUCUUAUCCUUUCAUCUUAUCCUUUGGAUCUAUUUGUUUUUGAAUUUUGCUGCCAAGAAGAGAAAUAUGAGUAUAUGUUCUAUAAGCCAGAUUCCAUCAUUCAAACUCCGUCAUAUUCUUUGUCUUCCCUACACAUUUUCUUCUGUACAACUUUUGUUACUCAACUGUGUUUCAAACCAUUCUCUUGUAGGCACACGGUGGCAAGACCUUCUCAGUACGGAUGUGGCGAGUGAGGAAACUAAACUUAAGGGGACUCGAUAGUUUUUACUUUUAUCAAUAGACAAUUCCCAUUAUAGACUAAUGUUAAAACUAGGCAAGGAGAUGCAAAUAAAUCACCACAACUAGAAAGAGCAUACUAAAAUGAGUAAAAUUGCAAAGUUUGGUCGCGAAAUGUUGUAAAAUGCGGAAAAUAUAGCCUUGCAAAGUUUGCAAAUUUUGUAUACUUUUGUAUUGCGUGCGGAAAUUGCUACCAUUUUCGGCUCAAAUGUGGCAGCAAUUUCCGCACGCGAUACAAAAGUUUGCAAGGUUAUAUUUUCCGCAUUUUACAACAUUUCGCGACCAAACUUUGCAGUUUUACUCAUUUUAAAAUGUUCUUCCUACCCCAUCAAUGAUCGGAGUGAAUCUUUCAGUUGUACUAAUUCAAAAUAUUACCACUUGAAACGGAACUAAGAGCAACAUAUUUGUUUCGUCCUAGAUAUGGUGGGAUGUACGAAGCUCGGUUAAGGUAAAGUGAAAUAGUUAAUUGCAUUUUAUAAAGGCUGGUUUACACUAUCAAAGUUUCUGUGAUCACAGUAGGAAUUUUUGCAUCGGUAAAUUAAGUAGUUUUGAACGAUUUGUAAGAAAUUUUUGAGGGAAAUGAUAAGACCCUUGAUAAUACUGAGUCAGUUCAAACAUUUCCGUUACACAUUCUUCAAAACUUAGAAUUUACCUAUGCAAAAUUCUUACUGUGAUCACGGAAGCUUGGAUAUAAACUUGUUCGAGGGAACUGACUCAGUCGGUGUUUAACACUGAUUCCGAACAAACAAACUAAAGCUGGAGUAAUACGAGCAACAAAAUUGCUGCGACUUGCAACAAAAUCUGAUUUCAAAGCUCGCCCGGUUUGGAUAUACACUCAGAGUAACAUCACAAACAUCAUAUUCACACAACACCAACACAGAAAAAAUUGAGUAGAAAUGUUGACACAUGUUGCCUCGUGAUUUGUAAUGUAUGUGUAAACAUUUUCAAUUAACAUGCGCAGAAAUCAGAUUUUGUUGCAAGUUGCAGCAAUUUUGUUGCCCGUAUUACUCCAGCCCAAUGCUCUGCCAACUGAGCUACGCGGUCAGGCCGGUUCGAGUAUGUGAUAUUUCGGAACAGAAUCUAGUUUCUUCGAUAUCAAUGUAAUCUAGUAAUCAUGAUUUUUUCUGUGUUGGUGUAAUGUACUCAGGUGAAUAUGAUGCUUGUGAUGUUACUCUGAGUGUAUAUCCACACCACUUUAACUAACUCACGCAACGUAUAAAAAGCGAUGCCUAACUUCGUUUGUGCACCGCAAUUGAAACCUUCAAUCAAGUUUCACCAAAGAUUAAAUAAUGUUUUUAUCUUUAUGAAUAAUUCAUUUAACUCUAACAUUUCUGCAGGAUAUCUGGUCAGCAAGCCCAUUAAUGGCCAUCCUAAUCAUUGGACUUCCCUUUUUGGUUUUCGCUUUCCUAAUCGUCAUGUUGUGCUGUCUUGAAGCCCCACCUGAGGAUGAGCUGGAACACGAGGGUAAUGGCGAACAACGCGAGGUAAAUGAGGAUGAGAAAGGUGACAGUGAUGACGUACCUGACACGAAGUCGACUAGAUUAAAGGAAGAUUGAUGAUUUUCGAGGUAUGGCAUCGAAGAUGUCAAGUUAGUAUGUUACAUCGUAUUUGUUUAUGAAGAGAUUUUAGUCCUGUUUCGCGCGUUUGCCGAUUACACUUCGUUGCUUUUGCGUCGGAUGUUAUUGUACUAUUGGCAACUAGGAUUUGUUUUAAAAAGGAUUUCAGAAGGGAUUUCUGCUGUGACAGACAGCAAGGGGGUCGCCUUUUCUUCGCGAGAUUAACAUUGAUGCAGACGUAUAAGAAAUUUAAAACACUAGGUUACGGCAUCCAGUAACAUUUGGAGACCAGUUAGCAGGUCUAAAUCGUAGGAAAAGUUUGUAAAUGGUAGAUAAAAAAGUUAGAUAUUAAAUUUCAAUUUAUCUUACCAAUUUAUUAAUUCACCUAUUUGCAUGGUUAUCUAUGUUCAUCAAAGAAGGAUUUGGAGCAAAUCUAUCGCAAGUGCAGCGAUAACAGCUAUAAUUGUUACGUUCACGGGCGAGAACGAACAAAAAUGUAUGUUUGCAACUUUAUCAUCUUUACGUUCCUUGCCCGGCCUUGACCAGACACAGCGAGACGCGCUGACCAAGGAGGCUUUCUCGUAUUUGGAAUAUCCUCCUUCUUCAACAAUAUCCACGCACACCUUUAUCUAGUACUAUACUUUAAUCUUCUUUUUUCUAAUCCUUUUU